AUGGAGACUGCUGAGCCAGUUGCCAUGAGUUCCUGGCCAUGGUGUGGGCUCAUACCCCCACCGUCGCGCCAUGGACUCGCAUCUAUACCCUUACUAUUCCCACCCGACUUCGACCCCGUACACGCUGCCUACCAACCGACUCCCACGACAGCUGCAUAUAGCUUUGGCUCUGCGGCUUUGACUCAACCAUCCCAUCCCUACCAGUACUUCGUGGCUAGUCAACCAGCACUAGGCCGCCGCUCCCUGCAAUCACUCCCCGAAAUCCGACCCGCAAAGAACGCCAUCAACCAAGUCACCACGCGGGCCACGGACUACGCCCCAGCAAGCAACCAAACCAGCUCACCAGAGGGCGAUGCCUCGAAAAAGACAGGCGCAGAAGCCCAAUUCUCCACCGAAAUCGACGUCCUCAUGAAAGCCAUCCAGGCUAAGCCUGGAUCCUCGACUUCCCCGGUCCCGAUGCAGCAGUCCCUGCCACCAUUGCAGCAGCUCGCACCACCGGGAUAUCCAAGCUAUGCUGGUUAUCCGAUGUCGCCGCCUCGCAGCCUGCUUACGAAUGAGGGGCAAUUGUCCCGGUCUGGCAAGAAGCGCAAGUAUACCCUGCAUGUUGCCGAAUUAGCGGGAAGAGUUUUGCGCAGAAGACCCAUCUGGAUAUUCAUAAUCGGGCGCAUUCUGGGAGAAACCUUUAUCUGCAAGGAGCCUUCAUGCGGACAGCGGUUCUCUCAGUUAGGAAACCUCAAGGUAAGCAUCUGCCAUGACAAUCCCAUGCAAGACAAGAAUGACACCACCCGACCCAUCAACGCCGACACACAGGCGAAAAGCCAUUCAAAUGCGAAGUCUGCCACAAGCGCUUCGCACAGCGGGGCAACGUCCGCGCCCACCAAAUCACCCACAUGCAAGCAAAACCAUUUACCUGUCUGUUGGAUUCCUGUGGAAAGAAGUUUACUCAACUUGGGAACCUCAAGUCCCACCAAAACAAAUUCCACUCCACAACCCUCCGCAAUUUACCCUCCGCUUCGCCCAAAUGGGCGACGCUGGCCCCAUGUCCCCGCAGACCGCGAGCUAUGGGAGUACUUUGCCGAGCUCUACAAAAACAGCAACAAGGGGAUUAAAGGUCGGGGUAAAGAUCGGCGGAUCUCGACGACGAGUGCUCAUGCCCAUGGCCACGGUCAUACCCGUGGGGUGUGGCGGGAAGAAUGUCUUCUAUGGAAUCUGAGGAGGAUAGACGUGGGUACGAAAGAUGGCGGGAUGGGGAUGUAUGGCCUCGCGGGUGCGAGUCCGAAUGGGGGGUCGAGUAGUGAGGGGGAGGAGGGGGGAAGGGAGGAAGAAAAGAGGGUGGUGAACUGA